UUUGCACGUGAGCAUACUGGGCCGUCAUAACAUCAUUGACGAUUAUUCAAAUACCAAAUCGAGUUGAAGUUUGAUUUACAGACGUUUUUGUUUUCAAGGGUUGUUUGUUUGCUUAGCGAAUUUGGAAAAAAAAAUCAUAAUGAGCAAAAAUAAACCGUUAUCUUAUGAGGAGUUGGUCGCACUAGCAGAAGAGAUGUUAGACAGAGAAUAUCUAAGCGAUUACAAUGGGCAAGAUGAGUUAUCUUAUGAGGAAUUGGUCGCUCUAGCAGAGGAGAUGUUAGACAGAGAAUAUCUAAGCGAUGACAAUGGGCAAGAUGAGAAUGGGCAAGAUGAGAAUGAAGAUAUAAAUGAAAUUCUGGACAAUAAUGAUAUGAACGAGCUGCUUGAUAGACAAGAAGAUGAAAUUGUUGAUGGUUUGGAAGAGCAUCAAGAAAAUACAGAGGACGUAAGUGAGCAGGUAAUAGUCGGCGAAUCUUCUGUACGUGACGUAAUAAAUGUUCGGAGCAAGGAAUCUACUAUUAGUGUGACAGAGUUUUUUCUCGAAAAUGAUCUUACGAUGAAGAAAAACAUACGUUGGAGAAGAAAUGUCACCUAUCUUACUCCCCCAAUACCGAGGUAUAAAAAAAAUGUUGAACAACAUGUUACCUUGGAAAGUCCUUUAUAUUUUUAA